AUGGGGCUUCCGCUAUCUGGCAUCACGGUCACUGUAGAAUCCAUAUCUGAACUUUGUAUCAAAUCCGAAGCCGAUGAAAAUUCUGGCGCAACUAGUAUCGAGUCUGAAUCCGCUGUCAUAUCUGAACUUGGCAUCAGAUCCGAAGCUGGUAUCGUAUUUGAAGCUGAUGAAAAGUCUGGUACUACUGGUAUCGAGUCUAAAGCCGCUGUCAUGUCUGAACUUGUUAUCAAAUCCGAAGCUGGUAUAGUAUUAGAAGCUGAAAAGUCUGGCACAACUGGUAUCGAAUUUGAAGCCGCUGUUAUCAUGUCUGAGCUUGGUAUCAAAUCCAAAUCUGGUAUCGUAUUUAAAGCUGAUGAAAAUUCCGGCGCAGCUGGUAUCAAAUCCGGAACUGGUGCCGUAUCUGAAGCUGACGUCAAAUCUAUAUCCGGGAAUUCAAGAAUUUUUGGACAAUGA